UUUUCUUUCUGUCUUUUUUCUUUUUUUUUUUUUUUUUUUUUUUUUUUUUUUUUUUUUUUUUUUUUUUGUGGUGGUGCUGGGAGGACGGGGACCGGCCUUCACUCGGGCGCCCCCGCCUCUAAGGACGCCCCCUCGCCCAUGGCCAGUGGCAGCCCCGCCAGGAUGUCCAGCGCCGCCGGACAGCCGCCCUUCCUGCAGCCGGCGUGCUUCUUCGCCGCGGCGGUGGCCGCCGCCGCCGCCGCCGCCCCUCCGGGGCCGCCCCCGGGGGCGCCGCCGCCGCAGCUCAGCCCGGCGGGCGGGCAGGCCUCCCCGGGCGGCAAGCCCUCGGCGCCGCGGGCGGCCAAGCGGCAGCGCUCGGCCUCGCCGGAGCUGAUGCGCUGCAAGAGGAGGCUCAACUUCAGCGGGUUCGGGUACAGCCUGCCUCAGCAGCAGCCGGCGGCCGUGGCGCGGCGCAACGAGCGGGAGCGCAACCGGGUGAAGCUGGUGAACCUGGGCUUCGCCACGCUGCGGGAGCACGUCCCCAACGGCGCUGCCAACAAGAAGAUGAGCAAGGUGGAGACGCUCCGCUCCGCCGUCGAGUACAUCCGCGCCCUGCAGCAGCUGCUCGACGAGCAUGACGCCGUCAGCGCCGCCUUCCAAGCAGGCGUCCUCUCGCCCACAAUCUCGCCCAGCUACUCCCACGACAUGAACUCCAUGGCGGGCUCCCCCGUCUCCUCCUACUCCUCCGACGAGGGCUCCUACGACCCGCUCAGCCCCGAGGAGCAGGAGCUUCUCGACUUCACAAGCUGGUUCUGAGCGCCGGCCGCCCUCCCGGCAGGACAGUUGCAAAAAGAAAAAAAAAAAAACAAACCACCAAACAAAAACAAACAAAGAAAAAAAAAGACACAAAACCAGAUCACACACAGAGAGACAAAAAUCCACGCGGAAAAAGAACCUGUUGCGUUUCCAGUUCCCCUGCCGUCGGAGGGCGGUGCGGGCACGUCUCUCGGCGGGCGGGCACAGCGCUGCGCGCCGCGGGGGCGGUCGGGGCGGUCGCCCCCGGCCCCGGAGACCGGCCGGCCUUUGCACUCCGUCGCACUGCCACGGACUGCGCCCCGGCGGAGCGGCCGGCCGGCGGAGGAGCUGGGAAAGGGCGCUGCGCUCCUCAGCCGGCGGAGGAGCUCUUCUUCCUCUUCCUCCUUCCUCCUCCUCAGGAGAAAGGCGGCCCAUCUCCGCACCUCGCUGCCGCCGCGGCCCUUCAGAGACUGGCGUUCAUCACCUGUGGACAGUUAGUUUCCCGAUGUCUGUGGAGAUGCUGAAGUUAAGCUAUGCUGUACUCAAAGAAGUCCCUGGAGCCCCGUCUACCUUCUAUCUCCCCGUGCCUCUCCCUCCCCUCAAUCCAAGCUUUUCCUCUCGUUUCCAUCAUAGAAUGCUUCCAAUCUUUUUUGUUGUUGUUGUUUUUUUGGGGGUUUUUUUUGUGAAUUUUUUUUAUGAUAAGAAAAUCUAUUUGUAUCUAUCCUAACCCCGUUGGGGAUAUAUUAAGCUAUUUUUGUACAUAAGAGAGAGAUUUAUAGAGGUUUUGUACAAAUGGUUUAAAAUGUGUAUAUCUUGAUACUUUUUUUAAUAUGUAAUGCUUAUUACCUCUUCAUGUUUAGACUCGUAGUCAACGUUACCUUACAACUGCCAUUUUUGUAUGUGGUUUUGUAAAGGACUUGGAUUUUCUCCAGAUGUACUUUAGCACCAAUGUGUCUUACUUUAUAGAAAUUUUGUUAAUGUAUUAAUAAUGUCAUUAAACAAUGUUCAAAGUGAACAAAGUUUAUGCAGCUAUUGUCCAAACGCAAAACGGUAGCCAUUUGUUCUCAUAUGCUGCCUUUUGUGAAAAAAGAAAAAAAAAAAAAAAAAAAAAAACCAGACAAGUAAACAAACAACCCCCACCACCACCACUGCCUUUUCUUACUUUUUUAUUACAAAUUGACAAAGGUCCUGUAUAACCCUAUUUUAUAUAAACUAGUUUCGUAAUAAAACUUUUUUUUAAUUAAAAUUACCAGCUGCCUCCCGCAUGCAAUUUUUUUUCUUUCUGCCAUUGACAACGAUGAAUGUAAGGACAGAAUGUUAAUCGAUGUUAUACCAGAGCUAAGUUGCAUAUGAAGUGUUUGUACCUGAUGGAUGUAACAUAUAUAUCUUUAUCUAUCUCUAUAUAAAUAUGCAAAGAUCUAGUGCUA